CUUACAUACCCAGAAACACAAUACAGCCCCUACCCUUGAUUGGAAAUUCCGAGAAACAUCGCGGUCGAUAAAUCAAGGUGAAUCUCUUUAUAUCUCCGAGAAUAAAAGUUGAAGCACUUCGCAAUGGCAACGAAUAUUACCUGGCACCCAUCGCUCUCACGACACGAGCGCAACGAGCUUCGAAAACAACGCGGCUUCACAAUCUGGUUUACUGGUCUCUCUGCCUCUGGAAAGUCGACCGUUGCAACAGCUCUCGAACAACACCUCCUCCACCUUAACCUUGCCGCGUACCGUCUAGAUGGAGAUAACGUACGAUUCGGGUUAAACAAAGACUUGGGGUUUUCCGAGAAGGACAGAAAUGAGAACAUCCGUAGGAUUGCAGAGGUCGCGAAGCUAUUUGCGGAUUCAUCCACGAUCGUUCUUACGUCUUUUAUCUCCCCAUAUAUCGCCGACCGAAAGAUAGCCCGAGACCUCCACGUAUCCGCAUCUGCCAGCCAGGACGGAGACGACGCGAUCCCGUUCAUUGAAGUGUUCGUUGAUAUUCCUGUCGAGGUUGCGGAGAAGAGGGAUCCUAAGGGGCUGUAUAAGAAGGCUCGGGCUGGGGAGAUUCCAAACUUCACGGGUAUAUCUGCGCCGUAUGAGAAGCCGGAGGACCCGGAGAUUCAUAUCAAGACAGAUGAAUUGUCGAUUGAGGAGUGUGUUGUUAAGAUUGUAGAGUACUUGAAGUCAAAGAGCUUGCUUCCAUAGAACUAUUGAAAACCUUAAUCCUCUGCCUUUUCCUCACAGCAGUUUCUGGGUACUACUCAACGCACUUCUCAGAAACUCAUAGUAAUUACAAUGAGC